AUGAGGAGGGGUCCGAAUCCUGAUGAUGUUGAUGUUGAUACUGAUGCUGUUCCGAGGAAGGGGAAGGUUGUCACGACAAAACCACCAGCUAUCCUUUUGGACGAGCUCAUAGAGGAAAUCCUGCUGAGGAUACCGGCGAGGUCUCUCGUUCGAUUAAGGAACAGCGUCUGCAGUUCAUGGAGAACCCUAAUUUCCAGUUCUCAAUUUGCCAAGGACCACCUUCGACGUUCAAUGGCGGUGGAUCCAGCCUUGACCCACCCGCGUAUUGCCUAUUAUAGCCAUACCUCCUUAUACCCCACAAUCGGAGUGUUCUCCGUACGAUCUGUGAUGGAGAACCCUCCCCAUGAACCCACUAAAGUAGUUCCCUAUGACUAUGAGGGAAGCUUCCGCCUCAUCAUUGGCUCUUGCAAUGGAUUGAUGUGCUUGCACGAUGAAGAGGGCCAGGCCAUGCUGUGGAACCCCUGCACUGGAUUCACUUCUCAGCCGCUUGAAAUUGGAUGUCUCCUCUCCAUUUGCGGAUUCGGUUAUGAUCAUGUGAAUGACAAGUAUAAGCUUUUCGCAGUGGUGAAAAAGAAAUCAGGCGAAUCCGUCUCCAGAAUGUUUACAUUCGGCCCAAAUUCUACCUGGAGAACAAUCCCGGAUUUCCCCCAUAAACUUCGUGACCGCAAUUACAGAGGUUCUAUGGUGGAUCUUGUAGGGCUUUUUGUAAGUGGCACUGGCACUCUUAAUUGGCUUUUUCACCGCUAUCUUAGUUUUGUGUGGGUUCUUUCCCUUGACUUGGUCAAAGAGACUUAUAGUCAGUUUUCCCUUCCCAGCAGGGAUUCAGAUGAUGAUCACCGGGUGGCUCCCCAAUUGGGUAUCUUGAGGGAUUCUCUUGCGGUUUGUUAUGAGACUAAGAAAACUCAUUGGACUGUUUGGUUGAUGAAGGACUAUGGAGUUCCUCAGUCUUGGACUAAAUUGGCCAUAAUCCCCCACCACCCGCGACUCGAUCGUCGUCCUUCAAGCCUACGGCCUAUAUACAUGUUGAAAAAUGUUCUUCUUGUGUUUACUCCGUGUGGCGAGUUUGUUUUAUGUAACUUAAAUGAUGGCAGCAUAGAUUUUCCUAAUAUUGACAGCUCCAGUGAUUACAUGCCCAGACCUCGUCCUUUAACUCAGUACUCAUAUGAAAGGAUCUUUCAACUCUAUCAUGAAAGCUUAGUUUCACCGUCGCACUUUGGUCUUCCAAGUUGCUCAUCUGAGAUGCGGCUAAUGAAGCCAAGCCUAUAAUCUCUUGAAGAUGUUUUCCUACACUAUCUCUUGAAUCCAUAACUUUAUUAUGAUUAAUGUAGUGCCUUGUUUUUUUUGUAUUUUAUAGACUCUGGCUUCAUGUUUAAUGUUUUUUAA